AUGGACUCCACCGCUGACUACCCAAAACCCACUUCCAGCGCCAAAGACGUGACCCAAGUCGGAUCCAAGGUAACUUUCCAGGAGAUGGUCAGGUUCAAGGAACCCACUGGCAACCUUACGACCUUGCACUUGUCUUCCAAGAUUCUCGGCCCGUAUGAUCCGACAUGCAAGUGCGUGAUUUGCGCUCAAUCUUACAACCCCAAGGUCCACGCAAGAACCCUCGAGCCGGUCAAAACAUCUGCCAGUGCACGGGUGGCUUGGCACCAAGGGGAUUACACAUCUGAACAUCUUCUUUGGGUGGUCGGCGACUCGGUGGACCGCUUGGCGGAGACGCAUGCGUUCCGGCGCGACCACCGGCGUAUCACAGGCAGUGACAAGUGCCCGGUUGGGAUCACGGGCGGUACCUGGCGAGAGUACCUGCAAAAGAAGGAGUACCUUGCGGAGUGGGAAGCCCUGGUCAAAAGCCCUGGGUAUACCGCGGAGACAUGUGGCGCACAGACUGGCGGGACCGGCAGCACAGCCGUCUGCGAGAAUCUCGUGCGGUCAGAUCUGCGCAACUUGGGCAAAGGUGGACCGUUCAGGUCGAAGAACGGCGAACUAUGUUGCGAUGCGAGGCACGCCGCCAAGACCAACUACUCUGCCACUCGCGUGCAGAACAAGAAAGCAAGAGGGACCCUGGGAGACGGCGACACCUCCGCCGCCGCUGGGGCAUCUGCCCCGAAGCCAUGGGUGAGUAUCCUGAAAUGGAGGCUACGCCCUGGUACCGUCGAACGCCAUGCGCCCACGUGCAUGGGAACCAAAGAAGACGGUACUCUAUGCGGCUGCUCGUCCUUCAACGUGCCUAAAUUCACGAAUGCAAACAAGUCUGUAAAGACAGAGAUGGCCAAGGUCAGCGAGGCUCAACGGGCUUUUUUGGCCCCCCGGACCGAUACCAAGGCAGCGGAGGUACUCGGCGAGUUCCUGAGCCCAGACGAGCUCGAGGCUCAUUACAAUUUCCUCACUCGGUACGAGGAGCUGAGGGCCCUGCUAGGGCUCUCUUACUGUCCGAAUCACCGCAAGGAGUGGGACACAGCUCACCCCGAAAUGCUGGAUACGCACGGUUGA